UACUUCUUCAUUAGGGUAAAUCUAUGUCAGUUUCACUAUCAAGAAUUCUUAAAUGAUGCCUUAUAUAAUAUGUAUAUUAUUGUAGUAAUCUUCUGCGCGUUUUUUCUUUUUCUUUUCAUCCGCAGGAAUUGAUCACCAGUUAAAUUUAUCUCAAAAGAAUUAGUGCGAAUUGGUUCCAUGAAUUCAAAUAAUUGGCUUUCGUUUCCUCUUUCUCCCACUCAUUCUUCCAUACCACCCCACCUACAAGGUGCUCAAUCUCAUCAGUUUUCUUUAGGGUUAGUGAAUGAUAAUAUUGACUCUCCAUUUCCAGCCCAAGAGUGGAAUUUGAUGAACAGUCAAGGACACAGCGAAGUUCCAAAGGUUGCUGAUUUUCUCGGCGUAAGUAAAUCUGGAAACCAGUCAGAACUCGUGCCUUAUAACGAUAUCCAGUCGAAUGGCACUGAGUUCUUAUUCUCGGCCAACAGUCUCGUACCGGUGCAACAUACUACAAACAACUAUGAUUUUCAAGAAAAUCCUCAUAAUAUGCAAUCUUUGACACUUUCAAUGGGUAGUGGUAAGGGUUCAACUAGUGAAACUAGUGCCAUUGUCCCUGCAGCUAGUGCUGAUAACAGUAAUACUAGUAUUGUUGAAGCUACUCCCAGGAGGACUUUGGACACUUUUGGGCAAAGAACAUCGAUUUAUCGGGGUGUAACUAGGCAUAGGUGGACAGGAAGGUAUGAAGCCCAUUUAUGGGACAACAGUUGUAGAAGGGAAGGUCAAUCAAGGAAAGGUCGUCAAGGUAUAACAAAGCAGUAG